UUUCAGCCAUUUGUACUUUUCAAAAAAAUUGUUAAUAAAAAUAGUGAGUGACGUGUAGAUUAGGACGUAUGGAUGCUUGAGUUGCUUUAGAAAAUGUCUGAACAAGAUAAAAAGAGUGGGGGAACGGGUGCCAUCCCCGUGGUGGUAGAACAAACUACCAACAGCAGGCACAAGGCUCCAUACCGGCCUAAUGAUAUUCAAGAUGAAACUGACCAUCAUCAUAAGCAUUCCAAAGCGCCAGCUGUACAAUCUGUUGCUGAGGAAAUGAAACAUAAAACAGCAGAGGAUUUGGAGUCCGAAAAUGAGGAUGAUAAGGAACACAAACGGGUUAAAUCUAGUGAGAUGAACAAGCAGAAUGCCGCCAAAAAAUUAUCCUCAAUUUCCAAAAAUCAAGGCUCGCCGGCCGAUUCCAUAGCUUUGGGCCACGAACUUGAAACAAAGAAGGGUUCUAUGACACCCACAUCGCAGCCAAUUCCACAAGUUGUCGAAGCUCUUUCGAGAGCCAAUUUUGGCGAAAAGGAAAAUAAUCAAACAGGCGAUACGGACAGUAUUGCGGAAGAAAUCUCCGAAGGACGGAUUGUUAAACCAUCUAAGAAAUAUUCAAAUUGGGAGACAUCACAUAAGAAUAAGGAACUAACUUGGCAAGAAAAGCAUGAAGAAGGAAUAAUUCCGGAGAUAGACGCGAAGAGUCAAGCCUGGAUAUUGGAACGGAGAGCUUCUGUUGGACCCUGCUUUAGACCUGGGAUGCCGUUUGAAGGGCCCACUGGAAUCGCGAUUCACAUCCCAAGGAAGUCGAUGAGUACCGUGCGAUCAUCUGGUAUCAAUAUAAACAUGUCACGGAAAAACUUAAAUAGCCGAUCAAAAAUAAACAUUAAACGUGAAAAAUCAAAGGAACUAACAGAAGGUGAUGAGAAAGAUGGGAUUCCGCAGAAGAACAAUUGCGAAGUCAAUUUUCUAUCUACCCUGAAAGAAAAACUUAGCAGCGAAACAAAGAUUAUAACGAUAAAGCCACAAAUUGAAAGUCCAGCGUCGCUGACACUUAAUUAUACCCAUUGUGAAAGAACGUUCAAAGUUUUAACAGUGAUUUAUUGCAAGCUUAUUUAA